AUGGAUGAUCAUACAAUAAAAAACGAUCAAGAUCCACAACAAGUUGAACCGAAUUUAUCAUUUGUUGCACAAAAUGAAACUGUUAGUACAACAACAACAACGAAUAUGUCUCCGCCACCAUCUCGUACAGUACCAAGUUCAUCUCGACCUAGCACAUUACAACUUGGCGGACAACGUAUGGCAAGCUCGAAUUUAUUCACCCCAAGUGAUUACAAUAAACUUCAAUUAAGUACACCAGAAUUAGAUGAAAAAUUACGUGCCUAUACAAUUAUUUCAAAUACAACACCGACUGUUCAAUUACAAACACCGGAUAUAAUCAAUGCUAUAACAGCACAACCAGCACGUAAUAUAACAUUUCCAGUUGAUGAACAACCAUCACCAGGUUUGAUUUAUACAAAAAAUUCUAAAUAUAUCUUAUAA